GUAAUCAUGAGCUACAAGAGAAUCACUGGAAAUUAUUCAGAAUUGCCACUCUUCUCUUCCGCAUGGAAAUGCCAAAUGGAACAUGCAGAAAUUAUCCUAAAUGUAAGAAGAUACGUUUUGAGUGUAUAUGCUGAUGGUUCUGAUCACAACGAGAUGAUAAAGAAUAAUGUGAACACCCACGAAAGGAAACUAGAUAAAUCGAACUAUCCCUCUGUCUUCCUUUCCUGACCGUCAUUCCAUCUCCUCGUCAUCGUCAUCAAAUUCCCUGAUGCAC